AUGCCAGAUGAUCAAUUAACUAGAGAAAGAAAUGGUAUGAAGUUGGACUGUCUUAUGGAAUCCAGGUCAUUAUUAUAUAACUCAAACAGUAGGAUAUCUACUAUGGCCUGUUCGAAUAACAUACUUGCAUGUGGUACAUUCGAAGGUGGUUAUAUAUUGCAAGAUAUUUCAAAUCCAGUAAAUUCAGAAUUGAUGGGCGAAUACAAUUUAACUAAUGAUUCGGAGGGAAUUACGAAUCAUAUAGCGAUACAUGAUGAUAGAGAAUUGAUUAUUUCGUCUAAUGAUAAGGUAUUGAGAAUAAUAGAUAUGACCACAGGGUGUACACAACUGCAUAAUUUACCUUUUUCAAUAAACUGUCUAAGUAUCAAUCCCCAUAAUCCCAAUGAAUUUAUCAUUACCGGAGAUCAUAUUAAUUCGUAUAUCAUGGACAAGAGAAUGCCUUCAAUUGAUAAUAGUCAGGAAUGCAAAGGGCAUAAGGACUAUGGUUUUAGUUGUGACUGGUCACCUAAAAAUGAAAACAUUCUAGUCACAGGUAAUCAAGAUAGUAGCAUCAAAAUUUGGGAUAGGAGAAAUACAAAGGAAAGUGUGCAUUGUUGGAAUAGUGCGUUGGGGACUUUAUCAUCGCAAGGUGCACCAGUAAGAAAUUGUAAAUUUAGUUGUAAUGGUGAGUAUCUAAGCUGGGCGGAAAGCUUAGAUCAUGUGGGUAUUAUUCAAAUGAACGAUUUAUCAAAGUCUGAUAAUUAUAUGCUGCGAGUUCAAUCAAUAGACUUUCUUGGCAAAUGUACGGGAUUAAAUUUUGCUCCUAUGGAGUAUGGUUACGGCGAGGACUUGAUUAUUGGUGUUAAUGAUUGUCCAUUGGGUGGGAUCUUAAAUUAUAAACUAGAAAGCAAAUACAAAUCCUUAGAUUUUGACUUUUAUUUUUAA